AUGGAACUGCUUCCCGCCCUCUUCGCCUGGGCGGCCAGCUACGCAUGUCGCGUCACCCUGGUGGCCUCGAGUGCCAUCGGCCAGCGUCUCUGCGGCGCCGACGCGCAGUCCAUCGCCAUCGACGUCCACGAUUUGGCCAAGCGGCUUUCGCCCGCCGCACAGAUACUCAUCCCCGGAAGCGACGCUUUUAACGACGCCUCCCGCCGCUGGAAUGUCUUUGACGAGCCCCGGCCUGGCGUUGUCGUGAUCCCGGGUGUCGCCGACGAUGUUGCCCACACAAUCCAGUAUGCCAAUGAGCAUGAAACGCCUUUCCUCGCCGUCGGUGGGCAGCACGGUGCCACCAGCACUCUGGGUAAGCUCCACGGCGGCAUUGAGAUCGCCAUGAGCAGCCUCAGAAGCGUCAACGUGUCCAACGACGGACAGACGGCCACGAUCGGUGGUGGAGCCCUCUCUAAGACGGUCAUCGACGCUCUCUGGGAUGCCGGCAAGCAAACAGUUACUGGCACGUGUGAGUGCACCAGCUUCCUCGGUCCCGGCCUCGGCGGCGGCCACGGCUGGCUGCAGGGCCACCAUGGGCUCGUCGCCGACCAGUUCCUGUCCAUGGACGUGGUCCUCGCCGACGGCCGAGCGCGCACCGUCGACGCCCAGUCCGACCCGGAUCUGUGGUGGGCGCUGCGCGGCGCCGGGCACAACUUUGCCGUCGUCACCUCGGUGACGGUCCGCGUCCGCGACAUCCGCCACCGAGACUGGGCGCGCGCCACUAUGUUCUUCACCGGCGACAAGCUCGAGCGCGUCUUCCAGACCCUAGCGGACACCGUCUUUAACGCCGGCGACCAGGAUGUCGAUGUCGUCGUGUGGACCUACAUGAUGAACGUGCCCGAGGUCGACCCGGAGAAUCCCGUCGUCGUCGUCUACCUGCUGCAGGAGGGCGUCCGCGCCGUCGACGACCGCCACGCGGCCGCGCUGUUGGCGCUCGGCCCGGCCCGCGUGGACGACGCGCCCGGCACCUACCGCGACCUCGCCGCCUGGACCAUGAUCUCGGCCGCCGACCCGCCCUGCCAGAAGCUCGGCGCCAGCAACCUGCGCUUCCCGCUGUACCUCGAAGCGUAUGACGUCGGCGCCGUGCGCCGCGCCUACGACCUCUUCGCCGCGGGGCUGCGAGGGACCCCGGAAUUUGCGCACUCCAUCUUCCUCUUCGAAAACUACCCGGUGCAGGGGCUGCGCGCGCCCGCCGCCAACGAAAGCGCCUUUGCAUUCCGUGGCGAUAACAUACUCGUCGCCCCGCUCAUCAGCUUCCCGGAGGGCGACCGCCAGAUGGGCGGCAAGGCCAUCAUGCUGGGCGAGGAGCUACGGAGGAUACUGCAUGAGGCAUCGGGCCGGGAGUGCAUGCACACCUACGUCAACUACGCAUUCCGCGAUACAAGUGAGGAAAUGUACGGUGCUGAGGCGUGGCGGCAGGAGAAACUGGCCGGGCUCAAGGCCACGUACGACCCGCAUGGGCGCUUCAACUUCUAUAACCCGGUUGCUUAA